AUGGCGCCGACGCAACAAGAGUGCUUCGUCAAAGAUGUCAUCGAGCCCAUCCGCAUCUGCAGCGUAACGCGCCUGCCAGCGGAGGGCGGUAGUGAUGCCUUGCUAACGUCAUGCAAAAGCUCAAUCUGCCAGCGCAACUCAUGGAGGCCUCUACAGAUCACCCUCCCCAUGUUCGAGCUCGUCAUGGAGAAACUCAGCUUGAACGGCUCGUUACGGGAUAUCGUCUCGUGCUUCUACACGCGGAACAUGAACGUGGAAGAGGUGUUUUGUAUGCCGUAUACCGAGCGGCGAAAGGGAUCCGUGGUCGAAGCAUCGUACACAAUUCGAUACCCCGAGUACAAACCCGAAGAGGAUACGUGGGUGAUUCGUCAGACGGGUGUAUACCACCGCUGCGACGCGGCGUCUCGUCAGAGUCUCUUCGUCAUGAUCAACCCGACGCCGGACUCACAAGCCAGCAACCGAGCCAUCGAAUGGCUCUCGAGCAGGAAUGGCGCAGCAGGCUCCGAGACCGAGACGCACGAUCAUGUCUGGCUGCAUAAACUCGUCUUCGAGACAUAUUUGCCCGCGUGGAGGUUCUACAUUGCUUCAAUGGAGCGGCAGUUUCUACCGUUGUCAUACAAAACACUAAUCAACUUCAUCGACGAACCUACCACAAUGAAAGCAAGCCAUCUCACAAAACUAGCCAGCCUCGCGAACCGGUUCCAGACAAUCUCAUCAAUCUUGGAAUCGUCCGAGGAGACGCUGUCGGAGCUAUCUGCCCUCUGCAGCCACAGUCUGCUGCUGCCAAAGGGAUCAUCCAUGGAGAAUGCAGACAACGAAGUAUUACAAGAAUCAGCAUCAGAGUUUGAAAACUUCCGCCGCCAGUGCAGAGCCUUCUCGCGGACGGCGGCGGACCUGCACCACCGCGCGCAAACGACGUCGCAGCUGCUGGCCAACACGCUCUCAUUCCGGGAACAGCUCGAUUCCAGGAAGCAGAAUGAGAACAUGUUGAGAUUGAAUAAGUCGGUGGUGUUUAUUACUACACUGACGCUGCUUUACUUGCCGCCUUCGUUUAUAGCUGUGAGUACAUUCUUUGGAAUGAACUUUUUUGACAUGGACACUAUGACUGGCAAGAUUGUCGGCAGUCCGAUGAUUUGGAUAUAUGCGCUCUGCUCUGUAGCACUCACGACGCUAACCUUUGCGACGUACUACGCGAUGCGUGAAGGAAGCUACCUAAACGCUAAGAUAUUGGAGAUGAGAGACCUGGACUGGCGCAGGUUGUUGUAUCGUAGGCAGCACGACGACAAGGACGUCGAGUUAAAUAGCCUGGAGGUUUAA